GAGACAGCACUUAAUGCAUGCAAAGGUUCGGAAAUAUACACAUUGCAGACGGGCAUCUGCAAUUCAGAGGUCAUCUGUCCACAAAAAAGCAACCACGUAAUCAGCAAGAAAAUUCCUUUCAUACUGCCAAGCUUGUCAAAUAUUGUACUUGACAGCAGUGCAAAUAAUGCAGGAGGAGAAAAUGUUCUUGAGAUGGGUCUGUCAAAUGCUAUCCCACAGAACACAGCAACAAAGAAAGAUUAUCCAGGCUCUGGCAGCAGGAAAUCAAAUUCCUUCUGCACGAUUCCUUCCUCUGGUUCAACUGCAGGCAAAGAAAGCAGCCAGCGUAAGGACCCACCACUGGCUCUUAAGGACAGACCAGUGACCGCACUGGCAGAUCCUUGCUGCAAAGGAAGCUGCUGUCAAAUACUAGCCUGCCAGAGACAGACCAUACUGAAGUUCAUGACAGAAGGACGCCUCAACCACAUCCUCGAUGUCCUUCGCUCACAGCAAACGUUGUCCCGAAUGGAUUAUGAAACAAUUACCUCUUACCCCACAGUGACUGGCCGUGCUCGGGCACUGUUGGACACUUGCCUCUGCCUUGGAGAGAGGGCAGCACAGGUUGUAGUGACUGAACUUUCAGCGGCCAAACGCAGUCCACUGGCACGAGGCAGCCAUUGGCCAGACUGCUCUUCUAAGGUAAACAGGCUGUUGCUGUGA